AAGAGGCUCUGCAAUGUGGCAGAAGGCAGCCAGCAGAUGGUGCAAGGGUUGAAAGUGAAACUGGAAGAGAAAGGAAAACAGGCUCCUAAAGAGGGGGGAGAGGGGAGCAUAACAAAACUUACUGAUGUGGACAGACGGCCUGGGAAAUCUUUGUUUGUUUGGGCUGGGUAAGGAUUUCGCACACGAGUCGCUUGCUCUUCCCAUGCUGAAGGAAGUUCGAAAGCACUGAGCCAGCUGCCUGAAACACUUUGGGCCUGACUCUUCUCUCGCUCCCACUGGUUUUACACUCACGUAACCUAUUGACUUCAGUGGAAUUAUUCCUGAUUGCCAGCAGCAUGAGAGGAGAAUGCAUCUUCAGCUUUGUUAUUCUGAGGAAAUAAAACUCAACGCUUGCUGAGCUGGCAAAUUUCAUUUUCAUUUGGCGUUCUUUCCGGUGAUGAAAACACACAUCUUGUGACCUGUACAGCAACUGACCUUCAUUGGGUGCAAUGACGAAAACAUACCAAGACAUCCUACUGAUGAUCUUGGAGGAGCUGGUAGAGGAACAGAGAAAGAAGUUUAAAUUGAAACUUGGUGACACUGAACUGAGGAAAGGCUAUGCAAACAUUCCCAAGGGACGUCUGGAGAAAGCUGAUGUAACAGACAUGGUUGAUCUGCUGAUUAGAUACUACCAAGAGGAGUAUGCUGUGGAGGUGGUGAUAAACGUGCUGGAUCAAAUCAAUGAUAAGUAUCUGGCUGAAAGGUUGAGAAGAAAGUCAGCUGAAGUAUGGAAAACCAGACCUGUUUCUGUAAAGCCCCCUGAUAUCGACCACAGAGCGAACUAUGUGGCCUCUGUGAAGGAAAAAUUUAGAAGAGUGAAGGAUUAUAAUUCCAGGCCAGGAGAAUGGGUGUCUUUGGAAGACCGCUACACAAAGCUCUUUAUAGUAAAAAAACACCAUCAAGCAGAAGAUAAAGAACAUGAGCUAUUGUCUAGAGGAAAAAGACACAUGGAGAUCAUGAGGAAGCCGAGAAGCUUUGCGGAUUCCCAUGUUAAUGUGGAACAUCUUUUUGACACAUUAUCAGAUGGCACAAUAACCAGAAAAGUGAUCUUACAAGGAAUAGCAGGGAUUGGAAAGACCGCUACAGUUAGCAAAAUUAUGUACGAUUGGUCAUCUGGCAGGCUUUACCAGGGCAGAUUUGAUUAUAUUUUUCAUUGGAGCUGCAGGGAGCUGAACCAAAGAACAGAAAAACUGAGCCUAGCUCAAUUAAUUUUACAAAACUGGGGACAUCCAAAGCCAGAGAUAGGGGAAAUUUUGUCUUGCCCAGAUAAAGUCUUGUUUGUCAUCGAUGGCUUUGAUGAACUCAGGUUUCCUGAGGAUUUUGAUAAAAGUAAAAGCUUAUCCUGUGAUUUGAACACACCUCACUCAACAGCAGCAGCUGUGGUAGAAAGUCUCCUCAGCAGCAAGAGCCUUUCAGAAGCAUGCUUUCUUGUCACAACAAGACCAUUAGCCGUAGGAAUGCUGGAGACCCAAAUGCAAGGCGACCUCUGGGCAGAGAUUGUGGGCUUCUUGGAGGAAGACAGAAAGGAGUUUUUCAAGAAGUUUUUCAAAGAUGAAGAGAAAGCAGCCUUUGCCUACAGUUAUAUCCAAGAAAAUGAUGUAGUGUUCACCAUGUGUUUCAUCCCCCUCAUCUGCUGGAUUGUCUGUACAACCCUGAGCCUUCAAUUGAGGUAUAGCAAAGCGCUCGAUCAGAAGGUGAGCACAACCACCGAAAUAUUUACCUAUUUUGUAGCCACUUUAUUGCAGUCCCAUGGUCGUCCACAGACAUCCACGCAAGACCUUUUUCACAACCUUGGAUCAUUGGCCUAUGCUGGUGUGAGGGACCAGAAAGUGCUAUUUGAUGAGAGCACCCUGAGAAAGUGUAACUUGGAGGUGUCAAAAGGUCCAUCAACUUUCCUCACGGAAUUGCUGCAGGCAGACAUUUUUGUGGAAACUAUCUAUAGCUUUGUCCAUUUGACGGUUCAGGAGCUGUUUGCCGCCUUGUUCACCUUCUGGAACAAGGAGAAAGCUUCUGAGCUCCUGAAAGAAGCCUUUGUGGAGAAUAAAAGCCAUUUGAUCUUAACUGUUCGCUUUCUGUUUGGAUUGAACAACGACAAGUCACUAAAGCCUUUGAAAAGGUACUAUGAAACCUGCAUGGGCAUUUCAAAGGAUGAGCUGCUGAAAUGGACUAAGAAGGCAUUUCUUAUUUGCCAGGAACAGGGCGAGCAAAACCAUCUCCUGGAGCUGUUGCAUUGUUUGUUUGAGAUUCAGGAUGAGGAGUUUGUCAUAAGUGCUUUGGAGGAGAUCAAGGAAGUGGUCUUCCUGGAGAACAAUCUAGGGCAGGAUGACCAACAGGUGAUACUAUACAGUCUGCAGCAUGCCAAGGAAUUCAGUCAGCUGAAAUUGGCCGGUCUGAAAGAGAGAGACGUGAUCAAACUGGUUCCGUUGUUAGGGAAAUGCAGACAGAUCUAUUUGAAUGCCUCUGGAAUCUCAUUGUCUACGGUACACAAAGUGUGUGCUUACCUUUCACAAAAGCUUAGAAUGACCAGACUGUAUGUGGAGCACGAAGAAGAAGAAGAUGUAAUGUAUUUUACAGUGGAAGCAAGCUGUGAAAGGGACCCUUGCACAAUUACUUUAGAUAACCUUCCUGAAGACACUGCCAUUGCAAUUUGUGACCACGUUAUUCCAGCUCACCCUGGCAUUGUCGCCCUUGAUGUGAACAAGAUUCAGGGAAGCGAGGAAUUUGUAAAUAGCCUGAAGAAUAGUCUUCUGGACUCGGACUGCAGACUGGAAUCAGUGGGCUUCAACAUUGAGAACCCCAGACUCCAGGCUUUCCAGGACAUCUGCCAACAUCUUGCUACUUACCGUAGCCCGAGAAAAUUCCUCUUAUUUCGAAGGUAUGAGGAGGAUGAAAUACACUUUGGAUAUGAGGCAAAGGAUGAGAAGAGUGGCAACAGACUCCAAACGAAAAAGAAGAAUAAAAAGAGAAAGGGAAAGAAUGAGGCACAGAAAAAGUGUUUUCCCUGGCCAUGUUUAAUAAGGAAAACUGGAGAGAAGAAGCAAAAGAAAAAGGACUGCAUUGCUGUCCUCGCCUGUCUCCCUGAAGAGUGUUUUCUUGAGCUCACCUUGUGGGUCACCUCCACAUUCACUCCGCUAGCUCUGUGCCUGGAUGAAAAUUCCAUCAAUGAUGAGCUGAUGAAAACAAUAUGUGAAAAUCUGAACAGUACUGAUUAUCAGCUUCAGUGCCUGAGCCUUCGCUCUUGCAGCAUAACUCAGGAGAGCAUGGCUAAUAUCUGCUCGCUAUUCCUCUGCAACACGGCAAUCUCCUUGGACCUGCAGAGCAACCCCGUGGGGGAUGAAGGAGUUAAACUACUUGCAAUAUGCCUGAAGAAUAAAGGUUGCUGCCUAGAAAAACUGAGCUUAUCAAGUGCUGCACUCACAGAAGACUGUGUUCCUGCCAUCACCUCUCUGUUUUCCCAGAAGAACACCCUGAUUUGGCUUGACCUGAGCUUUAAUCACCUCGGAGAUGGUGGAGUGAAAGCCUUGUGCUCUGCCCUGAAAGAUAAGGAGAGCCGUCUUGAGAAGCUAAUCCUUGAACACAAUGGCAUCACUAACAACUCUGAGCAGGAGCUCAUCCAACUCAUUGAAAACACCCUGUCUCUGAAAUAUCUGUGCUUGGAUGAUAAUGAGCUUACAUCCACCUCCAAAGUCCACAUCUAUGGCGUGUGGGACAAGUAUCAUGAUGAUGAGGAGGAGGAGGAGGUGGAGGAAGACUGACUGUGAGUCGCAGGUGCUGCACUCAAUUCUCCCUUCUUGGCUAUGAAGGCCAAGAACGGGCUGAGUCCCCCUGCUGUGAUUGGAGCCUGAGAUUUCAUGGAGUCUAGGGAUUCCAGCUCUGAUGCUGAGACCACCAAGCUCCAUUCUGGAGAAAGAUCUUCCUCCUCUCUCAGGAGUAAUGUUCAGGCAAGAAGCCCAAUCCUGCACCCAUUGAGGUCAAUGGGUAUUUUGCCAUUGACUUUUAAUGAGAGCAGUAUGGGACCUGUGGUACUGUGUGAGAGAUAACAGCAAAUGAAUACAUCCCUGUAAAAAUGAUAGGGUCAGCUCCUCCUCUCCUGCAGGAAAGCCAGGUGGGAGGAAUUCUCAGUAAGGAUCCCCUUACAGUGUUUCCUGUCAAAUUGCUCCAUCGUGGGUUUCUAUCCUCCCUCCUCCUACAGAAUAGGCAGAUGGUUCCACCCUCGGGACCAGCAAAUCCCUUGACAGUCACCAGAGAUAAAAAGCCACUGCUGCAGUCUCUGUUCCUCUACACUGCCUCCUGGCCCCCUGGCUGCUCUUCCUGACUCCCUGUCAGUAGCUUCCUCUAGCACCCUGAUCAGAAGGCGUCCCAUUCAGAAAAGAAUGUUGUCCUAGCUGUGUCAUGUUCUGAGCAGAGUUCCCACAAGGUUGGUGUGUUUGUGUGUGUGUUUCUCCCCAUCCUACCUCAGCCCCUCCAACUGUGUGCAGACCCUCGGAUCUAAGAAGGGUUCUCUGCAGGGCCUGGGGCAGUGUGGGGACAGGUGUGGUGAUCCAUGCACAGAGAUUCUCUCUGUAUGGAGAGCCGGGGUGCCUAAUUGUCUUAACCCCUGCUAAGAGGAUGUACUUGCUAAUUAUGCGCAUGUCACUGUGCAUUAAAUCAGCUAGAGAUGUGAGUCUCCCUUGGGAGCUAUUUGCCAUGAUGUGAGUAACCUCUGUCAGCUAAAGCCCUCCUGGAGUGAAAGUUUUUAAACAAUGCUGUGUGUUCUCUCCUCCCAGUAGCCAGCAGGGCAAUGAGCGUGUUCUUCCCACAGUCACUUGCUGCUCUAGACCAAACUUCAUUGCACCGUGACCCCCUUCUGACAACA